AAAGAAAAGAGGGGGACUGACUCAUGAUCGCCAGUCGUGGACAGGCGCCAGUGACCAGUCUAUGGUUACAGGUUCGAGGUUACCGUUAUCGUUGCACCGAAAGCGAAAAGUGGGAUUCGCAUUUGCCGUCCGGGUGAUCAGCGCGCCGCUGCUCGUUCUGAGCUUCCCGCUCUGCGGAAUUUGUUUUCCCCUUUGAUGCUCUGAGCGCUGCAGCUGCUGCCAUUUCUGUCGAUCGUGGCUGUUAGGGUUGUUGCGCUCGUGUUGAUCCGGAUUGGGACGCGUUCGGGUGCGGAUUCGUUCUCCCAGGUGCGGUGAUCUGGUGGUGCCAGUCAUGGACCGAGUCUGGUGGCCAGAUUGGGACUUUCCGUGGGUUUUGCUCUCGACGAUCGGACUGUGAGGAGAUCAGGGACGAGGCGGACGAUCUUCUGCCCCUUGCAAGGAUACGGAGGAAGUCGAUUUUGGUUGUCUUCACGCGAGGAGAGGAAACGAAAGGAACCUGCUGCCAGGAAAAUCGUUCAAUCUGGCGCCAACGCGCGAGAGGAGGUUGGAUUGCAUUUCUUGGUUAAGUCCAGUAUGAAUAGAUUCAGGACAAGAGUGUGUUCCAGUCGCUCAAUGUGGCGUCCGAGAUCUGCUGUUUCUGCCAAUUCUGAAGCAUACUACCGCGUCUGCAAGCACUCGGCGAAACUCACAGAGGGAAUUAAUUUCAUCUCGUCCUAGAAAGAAGAUUGAGGAACCAGCGAAGUCGGUAACGGUUACCAUUCUUCCAGUGCCGGUCGCCAUGUCUAUUAGACAUCGAAACUGCAUACGUAUUAGUAGGCUGAUGUGGAUAUAGUGGCUAGAAUCUUACAGUAAGAGUUUCACGUGUUGCGUACUUGUUUGCGGUUUAUCUUCGCAUUUGGAGGACCCAGCCUCGGUCAUUCUAGUAGGAAGAAGCCCUGUUGAAGUUUGCCGCAGAGUCAAUUCUACAUCAGAAGUACGUACAGAUACGGUUCAAUUACUUGAGGACAUAUAAUUAUGGGCAAUUGCUGGUCCACCAGUGACUAUGUAACGCCGAGACCGACCCAGUUGCUACCCGAUCCAUGCGGCAUCUCUACCUUUUCAGCGUCGAGAAACUGGUUCAUGUCCAACAAUUACAAUGUUUACAAAGGAGCUGACGACAAUGCACCUCUAUGGCUCUUUCUUCACGUGAAAGGGAACCCCAACGGGGACAACGAUUCCUAUUUUGUCCUGGAAAAUUUCUGGCGACCACCUUUCUCUGAGGAAGGUGAUGUCAUAUGCUGGUGUCAUCUCCCAGCAUAUCAAAGAAAUCAAGCCUACCAGACUUCUGGCCUCGAGGAGUACGGCAUCUCACCCGACCUAGUGUCUGAGAUUUAUUGGGCCAGUACGGAAUUUGUCGAUGAGCCGGGUUCACUGCCGAUGGUGCACUGGAAGAGGCGAGAGUGGAGUUUUACCAUCCGGCUUGGCUUUUACAGAGACCGUUACAUGGAGGAGCCAUUGGGAGUCCUCGACAUCUCUAGCAAAGGCUGGAUAAUUAGAAAAACCGGUGGCCCGGGAAAAAGUUACAUCCAGCCAAAGAAGGAGGCACGUGACGUGAGAUACGUCUUUAGAGACAAACACGGGCUCAGGUAUCCUAUCGAGAUCGAAGCAGACAUGAAGGGAAUGCUGACCUACGAGAGUGGUAUGUACAAUUGCUCCGUUACCUAUGAGCAAGGAUGGGCUGGUGAACGGCGACUCAGUAUAACGAGCAAACCGAACGAGGAUCCCAGCCUCUCUUUCCUUGUCGCCUUCGUGUGUGCCAACGUCUUAUCACCAGAUGAUAUUGCCGCCAACCUGCGAAGCUUUAAGCUCUAAUGAACACGUUCUGAUCAAUGCACGGCUUCUCAACUGAUCGUGCCCAAACUUGUAGAAUGUCGAACCAAUCCUCGUCUGUAAUCGGGGGGAAGCCUUGAAUCUCGAUAAAAAAAAAAUUUAUUUAGUUUAGGUCCUGCUCUAGAGCCGGUGUACCUUUUGUAAUGUUUAAGUAGUAGGUUCUCAUAUACACAGAUCUCUGUGUGAGCCACAUUUAGUACGUGUGGAUCGCACUGGUAAAUAUACGAUUAUUCGUACCUUAGGCUUAGGUCUAGUAUCCUGGUUACUGUAUCUUAAGUAGAUCAACUGAACAGUUUUGUAAAGUACCUCUUCGUGUAUUCAUUCCGUUGUAACUCUAGUAUACACACAUGUUUGUAUUUA